CACUUCCCCCCGGCGUCCGCUCCGCGUACGGGACGCGGCGUGAUUUAAAUCCCGUUAAUAUCUUUCGUAGGUCUAACCGAGGGGUUAACGACCUGUAUAGAGGGGAUCCAAGGUAAGUUUUAACAACAGUCGCGGAGAUUGUUUUGAAAAAAAAAGUUUUUUUUAUCGUCGGCUAAUCCAUCCCUGCUAACGGUAAACGGCUAGCAACACAGCUGUCGUUGGUAGCGGUGGUUUGCGCGUCGGCGGUGUCUGGGAUACUCUGUUGCGCAGUUAGUUGACGUGAUAGUAACCUAUUGUUCUGGAACCCUCGGUUACAUUACGCUACAUAACGCUCACCCGGUAGCCUGCAACUAUACAGAAGCGGAUCACGGUUAAAACAUUAUCGGUCGAUCCAACAAGUUUCCUCAGGAGCCUUCCGUUUGGAUAUCUUACGUGAGACUGAGUUACUUGUUCCUUCUCGACCGAAUAAGUGACAGCUGAAUGCCUGUGCCAGCAAUAUGGCACGAUUAACGCAAACGGACCACCAUUCCAGCAUACCUGCAUCAGAUUUCGUUACAUGUAUGCGUGGGAUAUCAGUCAAACAGCAACAUACGAUGUCAAGAAGAAGCCAUAACAUAGACUGUGAGCGUCACAGCGCAGUGUACGGUAUCAGUUCUUUCCGUUAUCACUACCCUGUAUUAUCACCGUGACAGAGUAUAUUAUCACUUCUUUCCGGUGUAUAUUGCGACACUGGGGUAUCACUGUAACAGUACGGUGUAUGUUAUUACUUCUUUUUUACACGGUUUGCUGUUAUGUCAUUCUGACCAUGCCACUUUUCAUGGUAACCAGCAGUUGUAAAUUGUAACGUUUGUUUCAUUCUUGUUUCAUCACCGUGACGGGGAGUAUAGUCUUACUUAUUUCCGGUGUAUAUUACAACACUGGAGCGUCACUGUAACGGUACAGUGCAUGUUAUUUCUUCUUUUUGACAUGUUUGCUGUUGUAGAUAUGUAAUUCCCGACACUUUUUAUGGUAAACGUCUGUUGUAAUUUGUAACUUUUGUUUCAUCACCAUGACAGAGCAUAUUCUUACUUAUUUCCGGUGUAUAUUACAACACUGGAGUGUCACUAACAGUACAGUGAUUGUUAUUGCUUCUUUUUUUACAUGUUUUGCUGUCGUAGUUAUGUCAUUCUGACCAUGUCACUUUCUAUGGUAACCAUCAGUUGUAAUUUGUAAUUUUUUUUCAUUCUUGUUUCAUCACCGUGACAGAGUAUGUUAUUACUUAUUUCUGGUGUAUAUUAUGACGCUGGAGUGUCACUGUAACAGUACAGUGUCUGUUAUUACUUCUUUUUGACACAUUUUGCUGUCGUAGUUAUGUAAUUGACCAUACCACUUUUUAUGGUAACUGUCAGUUGUAAUUUGUAACUUUUGUUUCAUAUUUGUUUCAUAUUGUCUGUUGAACCUUAAACACUUUAUUAGGAUCAAGUCAACAGCUGACUUGCAUGAGGCACAAGUCUGAGGAGCAUUUCCACUACAAUUCGUCAUAUCUCUGCAGUGCAGCAGCCUGGCCAGGGAGAGAUUCUUGCCCUUCUGGGAACUCUAGGCACAAACGGGCAGAAUGUCUGAGAAGAACCCAAGGAUUGCCAUUGUCAACCGUGACAAGUGCAAGCCAAACAAAUGCCGUCAAGAGUGCAAGAAUAACUGCCCAGUGGUUAGAAUGGGUGGGAGAUCUUAUCCCUAAGAUGAGAGUUAUAUAUUUUUUCAGUGUUUCCCUUUCUUUGUUUCAUACCUUUUUUGUCUGUCGUCUGUGGCUGUUACAUCUAGGUAAACUAUGCAUAGAGGUCACAUCUGUAAGCAAAAUUGCCUGGAUAUCUGAAUCACUCUGUAUUGGAUCUGGAAUCUGUACUAAGGUAUGUCCAUUUGGGGCCUUGUCCAUUAUCAACUUGCCAAGCAAUCUUGAUAAAGACACCACUCACAGAUACUGUGCCAAUGCAUUUAAAUUGCAUAGAUUACCAAUUCCUAGACCUGGAAAGGUAUUGGGACUGGUGGGUACCAAUGGAAUUGGGAAAUCCACAGCACUGAAGAUUCUAGCUGGAAAACUAAAACCCAAUCUGGGAGAGCAUAAUGAUCCCCCGGACUGGCAAGAGAUUCUCACUAAUUUCCGUGGUUCAGAGCUCCAGAACUACUUCACCAAGAUCUUGGAGAAUGACUUUAAGGCUGUUGUCAAGCCUCAGUAUGUAGACCAGAUUCCCAAAACUGUCAAGGGAAGUGUGGGUGCCAUUCUAAGUAGGAAAGAUGACACCAAAACACAGGAUGUGGUCUGUGAGCAGCUCGAUCUGACUCAUCUCAGGGACAGAAAAGUGGAGGAGCUAUCGGGAGGGGAGCUGCAGCGCUUUGCUUGUGCUGUUGUCUGCAUCCAGAAGGCUGACAUCUUCAUGUUUGAUGAACCAUCUAGCUAUCUGGAUGUGAAGCAACGUUUAAAGGCUGCCCACGCCAUCCGCUCUCUCAUCACCCCAGACAGAUACAUCAUAGUGGUGGAGCAUGACCUAAGUGUGCUGGACUACCUAUCUGACUUUAUCUGCUGUCUAUAUGGGGUGCCCGGUGCAUACGGAGUGGUAACCAUGCCUUUCAGUGUUAGAGAAGGCAUCAACAUUUUCCUGGAUGGUUAUGUGCCCACAGAGAACUUGCGCUUCAGAGAGACAUCGCUGACAUUCAAGGUGGCUGAAACUGCCAAUGAAGAGGAGGUCAAAAAGAUGUGCCGCUACCAGUACCCAAACAUGAAGAAAACUAUGGGCGACUUCACUCUACAGAUUGUUGGGGGAGAGUUCACUGACUCUGAAAUCAUGGUCAUGCUGGGAGAGAAUGGGACAGGUAAAACGACCUUCAUCAGAAUGCUGGCUGGGCGUCUGCAACCGGAUGAAGGAGGUGACAUGCCAGUCCUCAGCGUCAGCUACAAGCCACAGAAAAUCAGCCCUAAAUUCAAAGGCAGUGUGAGGGCCUUGCUCCAUGACAAGAUCCGCAACGCAUACACACACCCCCAGUUUGUGACAGAUGUCAUGAAACCCAUGCAUAUUGACAGCAUUAUUGACCAAGAUGUCCAGAACCUUUCAGGAGGUGAAUUGCAGAGGGUAGCCCUGGCCCUCUGUCUGGGUAAGCCAGCUGACGUCUACUUGAUAGAUGAGCCUUCUGCCUACCUGGACUCUGAGCAGCGUCUCGUUGCUGCUAGGCUCAUCAAACGCUUUAUCCUCCAUGCUAAGAAGACCGCCUUUGUUGUGGAGCACGACUUCAUCAUGGCCACCUACUUGGCAGACCGUGUAAUCGUGUUUGAUGGUGUUCCAUCCAGCAGCACCACUGCUAACACGCCACAGACCUUACUCGCAGGGAUGAACAAGUUCUUAUCACAGCUGGAGAUCACGUUCAGGAGGGACCCCAACAACUUCCGACCAAGAAUAAACAAGAUGAAUUCUUUAAAGGAUGUGGAACAGAAGAAGAGUGGCAACUACCUCUUCCUGGAUAGCUAAUGACCCCUUCCCUCCAUGACAGUCAACUCCCCCACUGUUGUCCAACGCAUCAUCUGCUGUGGAGGCAGAAGGUGUCUUUGAAGACCACUCAACACAGGGUCCAAGGGUUACAGAAAGGCUUUUCACUCCGCUUCUCAGGGGCCUUGUCUCAAUGGAUGCAAGAAAUCGAGCACAGCUUUGGCACAUACACACAAUCCAUCUUAAUUUACUGUUCUCUUAACUGAGAUAAUCAGGUCAGGUUAGCGUUGAAUUGUUGACCCUGGGGUAUAGGCAGAGUUUGACAUUUG